AUGAGCCACCUGGCUGCUCUGCCGUCUGUCAGGCUUCACCAGGUGCACUGUGCUGUCAGACCGUGUGAAUGGUCUCGGCGCCUUGCUCUGGCGCCCACGGCGGUGGAGGGGAAGGAAUACACAGACGCACGCAUUCCCAGGGCUGGACACCGAGGGGCGUCGGCUGCUGCACCCGGAGGACAUCUGCUGCAGCCAGUCGCAGCCCCAAGAUGUGCAGCAGGUCCCCUUCUGCAGCAGCCUUGCUGUGCAGCGGUUUGCCUGGCCUUGGUCGUCUGCGUCCACUCAAGGUUCACGGCUGAAUUUGUGAACGGCAACACGCGUCACUUCCUGCUGACGUGCACGACGCAGGACCUACCACGUGACACCAACGUGAUCGCCGUCAAGAUCUACAACUUCACGACCUCUCACAUCCUGGCGUGGGUGGCGGCCAACGACGGCCACCCCAAGUUCGGCAACGGCAGCGUCGGCUGGAACCGGUUCGUAUCGGGUAGACUGGCCAGCGGCGACGGCUCCCACGCUUGGCUGCAGCUGCUGCAUCUGGACCACGACGACUCCCACACCGCCUACUUCGGCUGCAACAUCUCCGUCAUGAGGGACCAGGCCCACAUCGUCGACAUCGUCCUCAAGACCAACUCGGCUGCAGCCACUCAGCGCAUGGACUCAAUAGCGCCUACAACAUCAACAAAGGCGACAACACCAGCUUCCGGACUGAUGGGGAGCGGUGAAGGAGGGGAAAUAGAGCACAUGACACCGAAACACAAAUACGAACAGGAAACGUCCUUCAACCGCCAACAGUUCUGGAGACCGGAGUUCCAAUGACUGUCCUCAUCGUUCUUAUCGUCCUCAUCACGGUCCUCGUGGUUAUCACCAUGGCUCUUCUCCUGCAAAAGUUCAGAGGUCGGUGUGCAGCCCAUGAGCUGCACCACUACCCUCCUCCCAACAUGGGGCACUACAGCCUGGCAGGCAACACGCCGCUGGAUAACUCCUGGGAGGAGAAGAUGACCAGCAAGGGUAGUCACCCUUCCCUCCAUUGCAUGCCUAGGAGUCACUACAGCCUACCUAGACCGCCCCCACCUCCCCUCCCCAAACUAACCCGGAGCAGAAGCCGAAACUAUGCUUCCAAUGGUCGCAUCCCAGGAACCGUGAGGUCUCACUACAUGACCCCAUACGACGCCAUCGCUCAAGACUCCAGCGAAGAUGGCGACUUGUCCCUCCUGAACACAUCCCGCCAUGACCUUACACCCUCUCUUCCGCCGGAAGUAGCAGGGGAGACCACUUACAACGUUCCGCGCGGCGACCUCCAAGGACAGGUGCUGGCGCAGGCGCAGACGCCGUCACCUGUACAAACACAGUUGCCGGUGUUAGGUCAGGGUCAAGUUCACACGUUUUACCCGUGCACCACGUUGAAGACGCCACAUCCUCUUCCGCUGGAGUGACCCCGCGUGACCUCGUUCGAAUCGAGCAAGGGUUUCUGGGAGUUAGGAGGCAGACUGUCUCUCGAUGGAAGCGUCUGGUGCGUGUGUUGCCAAAGCAUUGACAGAGAAAGUUUCUCAUUUUACAGAGCUUUGAAUUCAGCUCUCCAGUCGUUCCUUCUUCUACUUGAUGCUGCAAGCGGCAUCAGUAUCAGUUUUUUUGUUGUUUUUGUUGUUGUAAAAUGUGUUCAAAGACUCCUUUACCGUUUCACAUCGCUACAUUUCACAUCACCAGUGUCAUCCUUAACCAGAAACAAUGCAUCCUCAGAAAACAUUUAAUGCUGUUGAGUACACAUGGGCUCUUUUGUACUCGUGGCUGAAAAGAGGUUUCAAAGCAAAUGAGAUUUGGAAAAGUAUAUUUUUAAUUAUACGUUACAUAGUUAUUGUGAAAGUCUAUGACGGAAAUUGUUUUAAAGGCCUAAUAGGGCGCACUGUACAGAGUUAAGAAAAAAAUAUUUCUCAAAAUUCAUUCACAAGAUGCGCGCCAACCAACAUCAUGCGUAAACAAAGUCCAAAACACACUCAAAGGUGUACAUGGACAUAUUCCCGCUGUCGAAAAAAAAGUACAAGGCGAGAGCUGAGACCAUAUGUUAAUUAGACAAAUUGUGACAUGUCACAUUUUCCAUUUUUCUGUGCAAAGUGCUAUUUGUGGUCCCUCAUCUCGAGAACAAAGCGAUGUUAUUCACUCAGAUUUCGGGUAACAUUUUGUACUGAGCUAAACCCAGCAUUUAAAAAAAAAUAUCGCACCCACUACAUCUUUAACUAUUUGACUUCGCAUUAUAUAUUUAAAGUUUUUUCUACUUUUGUAAUUGCUGCUUAGACCUGCUUUCAGUAUUCGACACAGCUUUGAGAUACCAUCUCACCCCAAGCCCUCGCAAACCCCACCCUACCCAUCAUCCUCAUCUUCGUUGUUCAUCUAUUAUUGUGUGAAGAUGGGAUUGAGUGCCUUUGCUUUUGUAGCAUGGUAUUGAUAUACAUGCAUACAUUAUUCGUAUUCAGCAUGCCUUAUAAACCACGCGUAUCUGCUUGCCCAGGUGCAUGUUCCAUGUGGCAAAUGGCGGGAAACACUACUCCACAGUUUUCAUCGAAUUCUGACAAACCGUACAGUAAUUGUGCUCGUCGGCUCGUCGGUUUUUCAGUGAUCUUGUUGUUUUUUAUUUGUUUGUUUUUUGUGGAAGCGAGAAGGAUUCUGUGAAGGGGAAACGGUGCGUUUGUUUAUUUGUUUCUUUAUAAAAUUUGAACUUGUAUACCUAAGCUUAGUCAUUCAGUUUCUAUUCAAAAACUCGAUCUUUGAUAUUACCUACGGGCAGUUUUACUUUUAUCACACACAUUUUGCAGCUAUACUUAUGCUUUGAUACAAUUAGAGAACAAAGUUUCUUCUAGUUUUAUCUUAUUAUUUGUAACUAGAAGUUAUUGCAAAUAUAUAAAGACUACUUUAAAAUUUCAAGUGUCGUUUAAGAUAAACACUUUCAAUACUAAUCAAGUUCACAAAUAUUUCCGUGUUCGUCAUAAAAGACACAUCUUUCCAACCUGUAGAUUUUACUGUACUUGGUCGACAUCUUGGUCUAUAAAGAAGAUUUCAUCCAGUGGAACAAAGACAGUCAUCCGUUAACUCCAAAGACAGAGCCGCGCGAUUUUUCUUCUUUUUUUGUCUUUGUUAAGGGCAAUGAGCCAGGUUAUGGACAAUGGGCGCCUCUAUUAUUAUUAUUAUUAUUAUUAUUAUUAUUUUAUUAUUAUUAUUAUUAUUAUUAUUAUUAUUAUUAUUAUUUAUUAUUAAUAUUAAUUUCAUGAUAGAAUUAGGUUUUUUCCCCCGUUCGUUCAGACAAAAAUGCUCUUUGUCCACGGCAAAAUUCUACCAAUCGCAGUUUCGUUUAGUUUUUGUAACGCAUUGUUUGAACUGAAUAUGUUUAUGUGUAACAGUUUGUUUGGACUGAAUAGUUUGUUGUCAGUGGGAGGAACAUUGACGCUGCCUUACUUGUUGUGUAAGAAAAAAAACUAUUGUAAAUUCAUUGAAAUGUCCACUUCAAUAAUUUCGACUAAUCUGCAGCUGGGACGUGAUCUCUGUUGGUCAUAUCAGUCUGUUUUCUAUCUAUCGUUGAUAUCUUCCUCUGCCAGUAUCCAUCUCCAUUCCUUUAUCGACACCAGACUGUUAGCAGACAUAUUUGGAUCAGUAUAAAUAUACUGCCACUAUAUAUUUCUUUAUAUUUCUUCAUAUUAUACUUUUUGUACCCCCGUCUUUAUGUAUAUCACGUUAUUAGUAUCCAAGUCUCUCUUUUGUCAGGCUGUCACAAACCAAAUCAAUGUAUUACUUUUCCUCUCCCUUUCCAAACUUCUAUCCCUUCCCACCUUCCCCUCUUUUCGUUCAUAAAACACGACUAUCAUGCUUGUAAACCCACAAGAGAAAUCCGCUUUUUGCUCAAAAAUAUCUAAUUCCGUGUUCAGUAUUGACAAGGCGUCCUCAGAAAUAUUGUUCUGUUGGGGAGGAAUCAUUAGGAUAAGUCCCUAAGGUAAAUUACAAAUAAGUCAUUUGUCAAAGUCAUUAUGGUUUAUUAUUAUAUCCAUCGACACACCAUGUCUUGGAGCCCCAGUUUUGCUUUUAUUUUUGCUUUUUUGGUACUUAAAAACACUACUGUAAGCCGGUUUUCAUAUCAGUGCAAGAAGUGAUGCUUCUGGAAUUCAUCUGUUCUGCUACUAGAUACAAGAAAGACAAAGAUUACUGUAUGGUAACAAAAACUUCAGCAACUGUUAACGUCCUCAGUUUAUAUAUAUAUUAUUUUUCUGGGUUAUUUUUAAACCUACAUACUUGAUUGUCUCCCGGAAAUAAUUAUUAUCCCUUAGCGGUUUUUUUCCCCCUUGGGAAACCCGGGAUUGGAACCAUUACUCUCGGCAUUUAUUAACGCGUUUGGUCAUGUAUUCCGCUAUUCAUUGAUGGGAUCUCUUUUGUACAAUAGUCAAUACAUAGUGUUCAGUUUUGUACGAUAGUCACAUAUAAUGUGUUCAGAUUUUUGUACAAUAGUCACACAAGAUGUGUUCAGAUUUUUCUUUGCGGAGAAAAAGUUCGAUGAUGUGUUCUGUGGUCUUGCUCAUGGAUUUUAUGCCGUAUAUGACAGUCUGCAUUUAUUAUUAUAUCUAUUUUUAAUGUUUGUUACGACCAGUUGAGAUUUUUUUAAAUCACUGUUGUUAGCUUUAUUCGCUUGUUUGUUACGAUAGAUUGACUAAAGUCAAAUGUGAGUGUCUGACACAUGAUUGUCAGAUUAUUCGUUAGGAAUGUUCGCCAUCUUGGCCGCACUAGACAUCGGUGCGCUGACAGCCGCGCAGAAAGCAAUGAAGGGUGAAAAUGAAGAGAGGCAUGCUGGUUAUUAUAUUGCUGAUCUUUGGAAAAUACUUGAAUCUGCUGUCUACUUUGAUGUUCACAAAUAUUAAUUAAUACCAACGACCGUAAGUUAAGAGUGGAGACUUAUUUCACCAUUACUGUGUUAGGAAGAUUCUUUUAUAAUAUUCUCUUCCUAUUUCGCUCGCUGCCUUUUCGAAGCGAUAAAUGAUAUCUUGGAGUGUUAUGAUAGUGCACACUUAGGGAUGUUAAAGAUGUCACAUGACUGAUUUGCCAGCAGUAACUAGUAGAUGACCAGAUCGAGAGGCAGACGAGAAAGACAUAUAAAGUAGGGCCGGUAACUCUCAAAUUCGGCUUAACAUCUUUUUAUGUUUUCUCUGGUAGCUAUGCUUAUUUUACUCUUUUGUUGAAUAAAUUGUUGCAUUAAAAAAAAAAA